AUGGAUAACAUGGCAUGUAAUAAAGCGCAACCUGUUGUGAGAAAAGCAAAGAAGAAGCAGGUGAAGGAUGAAAUGGAUCGCAUCAAACAGGCUGAGAAGAAAAAGAGGCGCCUGGAGAAAGCUCUUGCUACAUCUGCAGCCAUUCGAUCAGAACUGGAAAAGAAGAAACAAAAAAAGAAAGAAGAACAACAGAGGCUUGAUGAAGAGGGUGCUGCAAUUGCUGAGGCUGUUGCUCUCCGUGUCCUUUGUGACGAUUCUGAUGAUUCAUGUAAAGUUUUGCUGAACAAAGAAGAGGGAUUCAGUUCUUGGGAUUGUACUAGCAAUGUUGACAUUUUCAUGGGUGGAGGGAGAGCAUCUCUUCCUCAUCAGGACCGAGCACAGUGUACACUUGAAGGCAUUGGGUGGCUCUCUAACACGUAUGGUUCUGGCUGCAAGUGGGAUGACUUUGGAAAUGGUGACUGGUCAUUUACGUAUGGGCCUAUUGAAAGAAAUCUAACUAUGCCGUAUCUUGAGGACGAAGGUUGGGGAGCUUCAGAAUUCUCUGCUGGUCUUAUUGCAGCACAAGCUGUUUCAUCACUACAAAUUGCAGAGGAUGCACAAGUAGACGCCAUUGUUUUUAAUGGGAUGCUCAAGAGGGACAAGUCGUGGUUUAAAGUCUAAAAUAAUGGUUUUGUAUAUAUUUAGUACAAAUGAG